UAAUCUGCUUACAUCCGAACCCGCCGAACCAACCACCGUCGCCGUUUAGCAUUCUAGCUGAAGCAAUCUUCUUUCAUCCUUUCAGAAUUCAGACAAGAGAAAAGAUUCAGAAUGGCACUUUGGAGGAGAGCUUUACCAAGCGUCGCUGGAAUCAUCAAUUCGAUCUCCAUUAGUUCUCGAUCUGUUUCUUCCACCGCCUCUACAAUCAUUCUCCGUGUCAGGCCUACUCUCUCAUAUUUCUCCCGGCUUUACUCUUCCAAUGAAUUUCCAAACAUUGAUCUAUCUAAUGAAGAAAGUAAAAGACAAUUGUUUAACAGGCUAUUGUACAGGAGCAAACAGAGAGGGUUCCUUGAACUGGACUUGGUUUUAGGGGGAUGGGUAGAGGAUCAUUUACAUUCAUUGGAUGCUAAUAACAUCAAAUCCCUUCUUCACGUUCUCGACCUGGAGAACCCAGAUUUGUGGAAAUGGUUGACAGGCCAAGAACAACCCCCUGAAUCUAUAAGCAUGAACCCUGUUUUCUCUUCCGUACAAGAGAAGGUGAAGUCCAAUCUUAAACAUGUGGCUCCUGAGACACGAGCAAUGCCAGGACAGCCAUGGGUGAGAGGAUGGGACGAUUUCAAGAAAGGGCGAGACAGUCCUAUAACUGGGAAUCAGUAGAGGCUUUAUUUUACUAUAACAUAUUGAAAAUAAUGUCACAUGGAAAGAGCUUAUUGUAUGUAUUUGUUAAAUAAUCUGGACAGGAAAGUAUACAAUGUUCAAAUGUGUGUUUCAAAUAAACAUGCCGAAGAUAAAUAUUUCCAAUUCCUCUGUCUUCCAUUGAUGAAUCCAUCAAUGGAGAAUACUGAGUGAUUUAAAUGGCAUGAUCAUCAAAAUU